AUGGCACCAGUGUCUUUUGACCUCUUGCAGAUUCCCUUUUACGGCCUUCUGGCUGGGGCUGUCGUCAUGACUUGGUCGUUGGCGAGGAUUACUCACCCAGGAUGGAAGUACGCUCGUGACAACGGCUGUCAACCCCCAGCACACUUUGUGUCCCACGGCUUGUUUGGCAUUGGCAUGGGCAUCCAACUAGCCACAGCCGGCCCCGAGCACAGGUUUCUUGAACUUCUGCGCGGCUGGCAUCGAAGCUAUGGCACGACAUUCAAAGCAAGAAUUGCCAAUCGAAAUAUCAUUUUCACCGUAGACCCGCAGAACAUUCAAACAGCCCUCGCACUGAAAUUCAAAGACUUCGGAGUGGGCUCGGCUCGAUUAGAUGCACUCCGUCCACUCAUGGGCAAGGGCAUUUUCGGCGUGGACGGUGCCGAGUGGGAACAUUCACGGGCUCUCCUCAGGCCUAACUUCUCGCGCACUCGGAUUAACGACACUAAAUUAUAUGAGAAUCACGUUGCCGAGCUCAUCGAGCAGAUUCCGCGCGACGGGUCAACCAUUGAUUUGCGCCCGCUGUUUCUCAAGGGGACUCUCGACACCGCUACCGAAUUUCUGUUCGGAGAAUCCGCUCAUUCGCUGCGCACAGGAGGAUCUUCUGCAGGAGGUGAAUUUGCGAAAGCCUUCGAUGUCGCCCAAUACGUCACUUCCAUGCGCUUCCGACUUGGGUCUUUUGGGAGGUUCUACCGCAGGAAGGAAUAUAUAAAAUCCAUUAGAGAUGCCCGCGCCUAUGUUGAGAGGUUUGUGCAAAAGACUAUCGAUUAUCGUGUCGCAGCAAACAGCGGGCGGGAAGUUGACCAAGGCAUCGAACGGUUGAUUGAAAGUCGAUAUGUGUUCUCUUACGAGCUGUCGAAGCAAACACUUGACAAGACCAACAUAACAGACCAGCUAUUGAGUAUUAUGUUUGCCGGUCGCGACACCACUGCCAGCCUACUAAGCAUUGUAUUCUUCAUUUUGGCUAGACACCCUGAUGUGUGGGACAGACUUCGAAAAGAAGUGCUGACUUUAGAUGGACGAAAGCCAUCAUUCGACGACCUCAAAUCGAUGACUUACCUGACCUGGGUUCUGAACGAGACUUUGCGCAUGUACCCAAUCGUCCCAUUCAAUGUACGCGAGGCCAACAGAGACACAUAUCUUCCUGUCGGCGGUGGCCCGGAUGGAAAGUCCCCUGUUCACGUACCGAAGGGUCACGAGGUUAUCUACACGGUAUACACAAUGCACCGCGAAAACGAAGUCUAUGGACCCGAUCCGGAUGAAUUCCGGCCUGAGAGAUGGGAAAAGCUCAGGCCAGGUUGGGCGUACCUCCCUUUCAAUGGAGGUCCGCGGAUUUGCAUAGGCCAACAGUUUGCACUGACGGAGGCUGGAUACACUAUUACUAGGAUUAUGCAACAAUUUGCGGCAAUCGAAAAUCGGGAUCCGAACCCCUGGACAGAGGAUUUUGGAUUGACGUUGUCGAACGCUAACGGAACAAUGGUUGCUCUGACCCCUGUUCAGGAUUAA